UGCGAAUCCAAGCUUGGGAUCCUGUUUUGGUGGACGCAUGUGCUAGCUAAGCUACAGCUACGCCUACAGCGCUGUGUAUAAUAGUCCAUGUCGCACAAACACCACUGUAGGAGUCUAUAUAUGAUCUACUUCGACAGAUUUGGAAAAUUCAAAGCAUAUUUCAAGCUUUCGAGUAUUCCUGGAGGUGGAUUGAGGUCGAUUUACAUGGGCGCAUUGACACUGUUCUUCGCUUUGCACAAACCCUUCACUGAUUCGGAGCUCCUUCGCAUCCCUUUCUCGCUGGGAUCCUGCAUCAAGAUCGCAGUCCUGGAAUAGCCGCCCAGUGGGAUAGUAAGCAUCGACUCUCAUUCCACAAGACCACACCGGAAUGCCUCUGAUUAGACAUCGGAACAUCAGUGAUUCAUUUGCAAGGUAAAGACCGCUAAUUACAUCAUGGAGUACAUCUCUCAAGCCUCUGCUCAUGCUGGCAGGACAGUGAUUGUGUCUGGUAUGACUCAUUUGCUCGAAAUGUUUAAUAACUAGAGAAGAUCUUGACUUGGCUUUAUUACAUAUGAAAGAAAAUAACUAAUCGAAGAUCGUGCAAAAGACACACAGUCACAUGUCAGCUCGCCUGCUCUUUGCGUUCCCGAUGUAAUUUUGCCUUGCCCACGCUAGACUCAUAUUUUUCUUCCCUAAUCAAACGCACCCUCCUGUACUGGUCAUGGCAUCCCCUAAUAUGAGAAGUUCUGGCUUGUCCGAAUGCUAAUUCCUAGGAAGCCAUGUUCCAAGAGGCUAAUCUCAGUACACGGGCUCCUGCAUUGAAACCGAGAUCGCUUUAAGGCAAGCUCGAGUGCAUGGCAGAGCAGUAUGCUACCGAGUCAUCCAGCUCGAUGCUGGCAUGCCUUCUUCCGGAGAAGCACACCGUCGCUGCGGCUCUAUUCCUCACAGUCGCAUAAUCCGCCACCAUGGAGACCGGUUUCCUCGCUGGAUGAAUGGGUGGAGCGCGACAUUCGGCCUAUCAGCCUUCGACAACUGACGUUCUUUGGGCGGACUCUGACAGAGCCGCGACUUAUAAGUUCCGCGAAUUACGUGCGGACUGAAUUGCCAACGAGAAUCGCGCAUCGCCUACGUGAUAUUCAAAAGCUCCCGUAUGUGGUCGUGGCGAAUCCUCAUCUCUCCCUCGUAUACGAGCUCUACUACAAAGCGUUUGAGAAGUUCCGAGCGGUACCAGAGAUUAGAACCCUAGCAGAAAAUGAUAAGUUCUGUGACAUUUUGCACGAGAUGCUCAAAGAGCAUCUGGUGGUGAUUCCUAAUCUGGCGACGGGCGUCUUGCAGUGCCGCGAGCUUGUGGAAGCUCCAGAUGAAAUGGAUCGGUUUAUGAAUACUAUGUUACGAGCGAGAAUCUCGCGCCGUGUUAUCGCAGAGCAACAUCUAGCGUUGACAGAGACAUUCAACUCUCCGUGGCAUUUCCCCGACUCUCAAGAUCGCACAGACCCGAAUGCAGAUUUCGUGGGAGAAGUCUUCCUCAAAUGCAAUGCGAAGGAGGUCGUUGAACGUUGCGGGAAGCUGGCACAGGACCUGACGAGAAAGAGCUGCGGAACGGAUAAUAUCCCAGACAUUACGGUUCGAGGACACCUCGGGACCACCUUUCCUUAUAUGUUGAGCCAUCUGGAGUAUAUUAUCGGCGAGCUCCUGCGCAACUCGAUCCAGGCUGUUGGCGAAAAGUACAAGGAGAGCCCCCAGAAGCCACCGCCAAUCGAAGUGCUGAUAUGCGAGGCACCUCAGCAUGUGAUCAUGCGAAUUUCAGAUCAGGGAGGUGGAAUCCCGCGGGAGAUCCUCCCAUUCCUGUGGUCUUUCUGCAAAGGCCCUCGAAGUCAAACACGCUUGGAAAAUCUGGGGCAGGUCCCCGCGUUAGCGGCUACCAUGCAGGAGCUAACAGUGCCGGAAGAACGGAAGGAUGCGGAUAGAACGACUUUCCGGGAAAGCUCGCUGGACACUUUGACUUCUCGAUCACCUAAUCUCCGGCUAGGAAUGGGAUUGCCGAUGAGCAGAGUAUAUGCGGAAUACUGGGCCGGCAGUCUUGAACUGCACAGUCUCGAAGGCUACGGAGUGGAUGCAUUCCUGCAGAUAUCGAAACUGGGUAACAAAAACGAGCAGGUGACGACACGGGCGGCCAUUGAUGCUGUUUGAAGAAUCCCAAUGCAGGUAAAUAACGAAUCCAUAUACAGCGCAGCUAGUACGAGUGGUACGAUAUGCAAGAAAAAGUAUCUUUAUGCUAUUUCAAUAUGGAAGUAAACUGUUGGCAGAUUUCAGUCGGAAUAGUAACCUUGGCACGCACGAAUAUGUUUGAGGCGCCACCACCGUAAUCGGCAAACCCGUGAUCGUGUGUGACAUCAGUUCAACCUCAACUUGACUUCCGAACGAGUGCCAGCAACAACACCACCAUCACGCCAGCCAUCAGAUCCUCUGGUCGAGUAAAUCCGGUCGAGUCAAUCUGUGCCCUGGUCGUCACUCCGGUCCACUACGACAUAUAUCUAGGUCCCUCCUUCUUGAUUUGGCACACUGACGUUAUGCAAUCCCAGUCCGGAGUAUACAAUAACCUACCUCAACCGCCGGCAGGCAUAAUGAGGCGCACUGAUAAUGUGCCCGUUCAGAUUUUCGUUCUACUUUUCGUGAUCCUUGUAUUCAGUCUUGUUGGUUCAUCACGGGAACCGAAUCGAGCUGUUGCUGCUGCGUCCAAUUCGAGAAAAGCUCGUUGAGAAACAGGUAGCAGUCGGGCUACAAUUGAAUCCAUUGAGUGAUUGAUCACUUGCGACAAUUGAAGAUGGCGGACGGCGCUACUUUGAUUAUUCUUGUUGUCAUUACUCUGCUAUUACCUCCUCUCGGCGUCUUUUUCGUCUCUGGCUUCAGUGUUGACUUUCUGAUCAAUAUCGUUCUUACCAUACUAGCAUACUUCCCUGGUUGGGUCCAUGCAUUCUACGUCGAAUAUGUCUGGUAUAGGAAUCAAGACCCAGCUUCCAGGGGUAUCCGUGCACCCGGUGUCUUCUCUGAUCGAGUCCAAAGCGGCCGUGGCUGGUGAAGAAGGGUCGGUUGCUUGUUUAUCGUCAGUUAUGGUUCAACAUUGAGCGUGGAUGCUGUAUUGGAAUGGUACAGAGUUCUGAAACAAUGUAUUUUAUUAUCAGAUUCAUUCCUUUUUAAAACAAAGAAGUUUAAAGAGGUUAGCAUGGUAUACAAUAUAAAAGCACAGA